UGAAGGCUUUCGGCCAUCUUUUAUAUACUUUCGCUACGGUCGCACGAAGCGGCAUCAUCUGAGUCUCGCGUUUGGGGGCCCACAGUUCGUGUACGCUACGCAAGGUGCGGUUUGGAUGUAUUAUAGUUUUUUUUUCAAACAUUAACUUUCUUUCGGAUAAACCCGAGAAAAUUAUUUUUCGUACAAACCCGAUUAACUUGCAAGAGUUUGUUAAGCGUUAACAAAAUGGUUUUGGCUGAAAGAAAUUCGGAAAAUGUUAGAAAUGGGAGAAGAUCGAGAGGUCCCAGCCCGAAUGGACAGACUGAGUCCUCCAGUGAGGAAGACGGUGCUCCAGCGGAAAAAAUUCGUGUUGGUCGCGAUUAUCAGGUCCUUAUACCUGAUCUUGUACCCAUAACUGAACGUCGUCUCGACCAACUUUCGGACAGAGCUUUACUCGUCUGGUCACCCACCGUUGAUAUACCAGAUCAAAAAUUGGACGAAUAUAUUAUAUUGGCGAAAGAAAAAUAUGGAUAUAACGGAGAACAAGCAUUGGGCAUGCUUUUUUGGCAUAAACAUAAUUUGGAGAGAGCUGUCCUGGACUUGGCAAAUUUUACCCCAUUCCCAGACGAGUGGACAGUGGAGGACAAAGUUUUGUUUGAACAAGCCUUCCAAUUUCAUGGUAAAAGCUUCCACAGAAUACGACAAAUGUUACCGGACAAAUCGAUUGCGAGUCUCGUGAAAUAUUACUACAGUUGGAAGAAAACGAGAACUCGAACGUCUCUGAUGGAUAGACAAGCCAGAAAAUUGACAAGCGGUGGCAAGGAAGGUGAAAAUGGAAGUGAAAAUGGCAGCGAAUUAGGCUCAAACACGGAUAGUGAGUCCGAAGAAAAAAAAUGGACGAUCCAUCGCGGAAUACGUCGUGGAAAAAACCAAGCAGUACCAGGAAACCAAGGCGCCGACGCUAAAGCCUCGUCAGACUCGGAAAACAUACCCCAGGUUCAGGGUUCUUGUAGCAACUGCGGCGUUGCUUGUCAUAGUGUUCGUGCGACACCCAAAGGACACGCGUGUCAUAGCUGCUAUCUGCACUGGAGGCGUACGGGUGUCGCUAGACCCUUAAGCUCAAUGCCCGGUCGUUCAAACAAACGAAAACCUCCACGUGGUCUGGUAGUCAAUCAUGACGAUUUGGCGGCAUUGGCUGGCCAACCGAGCCAAGCGAACAACAGUCUUCAAGCUAUCGACACCGAAAUUGUUAGUCUCAAGCGACAAAUCCAAUCGAAUAAGCAGCAAGUGAGUGCACUUAAGCGGAAAACUAUCGAUGGCAUCGACGAUCUGCGCCCACCAGAAGUAUCCAGUCGUAUUAACGCACGUUGGACAAACGAUGAACUUCUCCUUGCCGUACAAGGAGUGAGAAAAUAUGGGAAGGACUUUUCCGCCAUCGCCGAUAUCAUUGGCACCAAAACCGAAGCCCAUUUACGCUCUUUUUUCGUCAAUUAUCGAAGAAGGUACAACCUUGACGCGAUUCUCAAGGAAUAUGAGACUGAAACUGGUCCGGUUCUAGUCGACGACGAGAAAGAAGAAAAGAUGGAAGUCGAUCCACCAGCGAAUAACGAAAAUGCCGAAACGUCGCAAAGAAUGACAAAAUCGUCGGUCAGUGUUGGGCAAACAGCAAAAUAACAGACAAACACGGCAAUUAAGUAAGCGCGCCGAAAUUCAACUAGACCAUCGAGAUAAAUUUUUACCUAAAAAAAAAAGAAAAACAAAAUGAAUGUUCAUAGUACAUAGUGGAAUUAAUUAAUAUUAAUGAACAUAGAAGAUAAGUGAAAAAAGGAAAAAAAAUCAGGAAGAUUGAAACGCCGAGAUUUGGUGGUUAAAGAUUCGCAGCGAGAGAUACAUGUUCAAUCAAUUGCGCCGUUGAAACGGAGCUGAACAAAAUGUUUCUUGGUUUUUUUACCUUCGAUACAAUUUCAUAAAGAUAUGCGUGAGUGCGUGGGCGUGUGUGUAUGCGUGCGUGCGUGCGUGCGUGCGUGCGUGCGUGCGUGCGUGCGUGCGUGCGUGUGUGUGUGUGUGUGUGUGUGUGUGUGUGUGUGUGUGUGUGUGUGUGUGUGUGUGUGUGUGUGUGAAAUUCGAAUAAUACUUGAUUCCGCAAUGAGGAAAAAACAUAAGAGUACGUAGCAAGGUUGGAGAAAAAACGAUCGACACUGAUUUUUUUUUCACAAGUAAUAAUUAAAAUUCCAUCGAUCGAUCUUACUGAAAAAAAAUUCGUCAAUUCGAUCCAGCAGAUGUGAGCAUUAACACAAACGCGAAAUCAUUCUACAUUUUUUUAUUUAUCCAAUCAUAUUUGUACCAUAAUAUUCCAAUGCAAUCAUAAAAUUUGCUUUUUUCUACACUGUUCAAAAUACUUCUUUACAUUAGUUUUCAGGUUGCAAUAAAAAGCCAUAAUUACUAAUUUCUGUAAUUCUCAUCGCUGCGCUCCAUAGUUAAUGAAAGCAAUACUCGCACCGAUUGUACACGUUUCUAAAUUCAAGUUUAUUUUGGCAUAAUCGUGCAUGCUUAAGUAAAUUUUUGUUCUAACACGACUUUCCUAUUUCAUCUGAAAUAAUUGUACAAAAUGAACACAAGCUUAUCCUUUGUUUUUGCAAACACCACCUAUAAACCGAUUUUUUUAGUUGAUCGACAAUUCUACCGAGUUACCGAAUGAGAUUCUUAAGGCUCUCUUCAAGCAUUGUUUCAUUCAUUUUAUGAAAGCUAUUUAGAAACAGAGCUAUGUCGUUUCAUUCAAAUCUUGAAUCGUGAUUUGUUAAAAAAAAAUUGUUGUCUUUCCUGUCGUUCUGUCAUUAGUUUUCUUCACUUCAUCUCGUUAUUCAUUCCCAAUCUGGACUUCAUCAAUUUAUUUUUGUAGAUACUACCGUGUGUAAUAAUCUCGUCGAAAUUAAAUGUUGCAUUGUUUGCCGAUAUUAAAUUGCAGAAAAAUGUUCAAUAGUUUCCGAACAUCACGUGAAUGAUUCCAAAAUCGUGAUAAUCGUAAAUAAAUUUAUUAAAGUUUAUGAUGGAAAACGAAUUCGUACACGUUUUUCUUCAAUCAUAUCCGAAAAAACGUCGGAGACCGUGUAACUCCUGCACUCGUUGGAUCAUACGAUCUUUAUAAAUAUAUAUAUAUACAUAAUAACACAUUAUAUGUAGCAUACAAAAAAUACGUAUAAAUGAACAAGAAAGCAUAUAUAUUUAUAUAUAGACGUACGAUUUUUUUUAGGUUUAAUUUCGUGUACAUGUUACAUAUUCGUAGACUUAUUGACUUUAACGCCAUUAAUAAUAGACAAUUUUCGAUGAGCGUAUCGAUGGUGUGACGAAAUUUUCAUAAUUCGUUUUCUAUUCUUAACAAGCUCCUCUUUAUUUCUUCACUAUUGAGUUUGAUUUUGUGAUUACUUGAUAAAGAAAAGAAAUGAAUUCUUGUAGUAGUAAAAAAUUUACAACGAGAAGACAAUUUCAUAGGAAAAUUGAUGUAAAUUUUUAAUUUUUAAUAAGAAAAACAGGCGUUAUAUAUACAUUAGGGUGGUCCUUAUUUGGGGUUGAAAUUUUUUUUUCUCAAAUUCCCCUCCUGGUUCGAUUCUAAAUCACUAAAAAAGACACUACAACAAAGCUGUGGUCAGUGGGAUGAUGGGAAAGGGUGCCGGCAAACCCGGUCGUUGUUUCUACUUCAGUCAAAUUUGUGUUUGCUUUAUCUUUGGCUCCUAUUCAUUUUCUAUGUAUAAAUCACGUCGAGCCAUCCAAGUGUACUCGAAACCCUUGUCAAUCGUCAUUAAGAACAACCAUUCAAGUAUUUAUUUAACAUAUAGUCGUUGAAAAUUCGAACUACAAUAUUUUCCCGUAUACCCAGGAAUAAAUCAUUAGAUGAUUUUUUAUUCUUUGCUCCUGAAUUUCGAUAAUAGACAAGUUUUCUAUCGUUUUUCUAUUCGUCAAGAGAAUUAUAUUUUCUAAAAUUUCUAGAUCAUUACUUCCUCUGAUAUUUUCUUCAUGACCUAGAAGUAAACGGUUCUAUUUGCAUGCUAUUACUGAAUUUAUAUAUCUGUCGUUUUCGGGAUCUGUUACUCAAGAACAGCCUUUUUUGAGGACCGAUGAAACGAAGUAGUCUUGUUUCGUAGGCUUAUGUCAGUUUGUCGGUGAUUUUAUGUGAAUUCUUACAUCUGAGGAAUUUUUUUAUAACGUGAUAGUCAGGCGCUAUGUUGAGAGAAACGGAAUAAAAUAACUGUUUUAAGAAUUUGUUUGUCAAAAGAAAGUCGAACGCAACGCAGAAAGAGUUUUGAUGAAUAAUUCGCAAUAAGAUGCAAUUCUUGAACCAUCAGAUGAUUUAUAUCAGUAUUUUAUAUGAAAGUUAUUAAAGAAUAAUGAUUAUUUAAGAUUAAUAUUUGAUGAUAGAAUUUGUAGUUAAGGUGGCUUGGGCUAUGCCGAGAAAACUUAAAAAAUAUCAGGAAGAAUAUCGUGUUAGCUGGACGUUGUGCCACGAGAUAUGAUAUUCGGAACGGCGUCGGCUUUCCCAGGGAAGUUGUGAUAGUUGGACUCUAUGCCGCAGAGACUAUAAUAGGAAAAUACGCAGAGAUUACAAAAGGAAGAAAGAUUCGAAUGAAAUGAUAAAUAACCGGCCCCAGCAGAAAAACAUCACUUUUAUAUAAAAUGCCUUUUUUUCAAUCGAUUCGAACUUGCCGGCACCAUUUCCCAUCAUCCCACUGACUCCAGCUUUUUCGUGGUGUCUUUUUUAAUGAUUUGGAAUCGAACCAGGGGGGUAAUAUGAAAAAAAAUGUCAACCUCAAAUAAGGACCACCCUCAUAUAUAUAUAUAUAUAUAUAUAUAUACAUUGCGAACUGAGUAAAUAGAAUUAUGAGACUCGUAGAACCUUCAUUCAAUCUAAAAUAUGUCGACUAAUUCUAAUUGAUCUUAAAUUACAGUAGUUAGCGUACGUUUGAAAUUCAAUUAUACAUUAUUUUGUUUAUCUAUUCAUUAUUUAUUCCGACAAAAGAAGAUGCUUUCACGUGAAUUUUGCACAUAGAAAAAAUAUAUUCUGGGUCUUUGUAAGCAUCUUCCAUAUCGUCCGGGUUGAAAAAAAACGCAAGGGAUAUCGAAAAAUACGAAAUUUGCUAGCAGAAUCAUUCGAUAAUAGUGUGUAAGUUGAUAAAAAAGAAUAGUUUGUAUUAACGCUGGUUUAAGAUGUAUCAGUAGUCAUAAUUUCACUUGAAGACGAACAAAAUCUCGUUUCUUUUUUGCACUCCAUAAAUAGUGACUCCGUUGAGAACACUUCGGCUGCACAAGCAUUAGGAAAAAAAACAACAACUUGAAGAAAGAAAAAAGUAACAGUUGUAAAUAGCAAAUUUAAGAAUGUCGUGCCUGCGAGACACAUGUCAUUUUCGUGAUUCUUGUGCUGAUUUCAUCACAAAAAUCAAGGAAAAUGAAUUGCUCAUGAUUGACCAGUCCUAGAUCGUGCGAAUAUUGUAAACUGAAUAAGACCUAAACGUAUUUUUUGUAUUUUUUUCUUGUUAAUCACAACAUAAAAGAAAAACCGAUAAAAAAGAUUGCACUAGUGAAUUAAAAAAUUCACCAGUGCAAUUCACUAGCGCGCCGAUGACGGAUGAUCGAUUUUGAGCCAACGAGCGUGUCUCAAUUGUAUAAAUCAACUUGUUUUUUUUAUUCUUCUCAUAUUCUUUAGUUCUUAUAUACAUGUUUGUUCAAAGCAAUUUACUCAGUUUAAUAUAAUGAAGAAAGAAAACAUACGGACGAAUAUAAAACCAAUAAUUGUACGAUCAUUAAGAUUCACUCGCUGUGUCCGGUCAAUCAAUUUUCUUUCGUUAAUCCUUUAUCAAGUCCAUUAAAUCCUGUUUCUUCAGCAUUAAAUAAUACGGAGUACUUAAA